CGUACGCUGCCAUUUUGAAACGGCAGUGCUUUUUGUUCGUGUGGAGCGCUUGCUCGUUGCGAAGAGUAGAUUGUGUUUUAGCCAAGUGUAGUUUUAUUUUAAUUGAACUCAAUCAAAAUGAGCUGGCAAGAUUAUGUUGAUAAACAGUUAAUGGCAUCCAGAUGUGUGACAAAAGCAGCGAUUGCCGGUCACGAUGGGAAUGUCUGGGCCAAGUCGGAAGGCUUCGAAAUAUCAAAAGACGAAGUCGGGAAAAUAGUGGCGGGUUUUGAGAAUGAAUCACUCCUGACGAGCGGAGGCGUGACGAUAGCGGGCACGCGAUACAUCUACCUCAGUGGCACAAACCGCAUCAUACGCGCAAAACUCGGAAAGGUCGGCGUACAUUGCAUGAAGACACAACAAGCCGUCGUAAUUUCACUGUAUGAAGAACCCAUCCAACCCCAGCAAGCUGCAUCUGUAGUGGAGAAGUUAGGAGACUAUUUAAUUACCUGUGGUUAUUAAAGAUCGAAGCGCCCCGUGAUCUAAGAAUACUAUAAGAUAAUAUUUAUUCCACAGGGAAAUAAGUAAACUGCAUUUUGUAUAUUCUAUGAAGUGAUAAGGACCGUUCAUUUGUUUUGAUAUUUGAUAAAUUAUGGCAUCAUCAGUGUCUGAUGCGUUUAGUAACUGUAUGCAGGUACAAUUACUUUGCGGAUUCUGGACCCUUUUUAUACGCUCACCGCUUCCACGGAGUAAUUGUUACUGUAAAAUGGUUUAAAUUUGUAUUUUAAAAAAUUGCUUUUAUCGACCAGUAUAGUGAAGCAUUAUUCAGCUUUGCAAGCAGGUCUCAAAGCAUGAUGUAUAGAGAUUUUUUUUAGAUUUCUCCUCAAGCAUCCUGAUAAAAUGUAAACCACCAUUCAUAUAUAAUUAUAUGACACCUGUAAAAUCAUUUGCCGAAUAGGUACGUGCCGAAAGUUACAAGUUCUCUCGUCUAUCCACCAGACACGCGCAGGUGCUUGUUGAGAAAUUAUAAUAAUCACGUAAUGAAAUUACUGUAACAAUAUACAACAUAUAUAUAAUUACAAAUAAGCAUUCGUGUAAGGGCUUGUUACAAAUUGAAAGACACUGUAACCCAAGUAUUACGAUUUUAAUUUAAAAUCUCUAGUCCCACUGGAACCAUCGUGUGAGUAAAAUCCGCCACAACAUCAGUGCGUGUAGGCGGGGCGGCUGCGUGCGGCUGUGUGCCGCAGCCCUCCGCGGUUGCGGUAUCGCGGUCCAUAUAGCCGCGCCGCCCAAUUUUUGUGAAUUUCUUCUAUGCUUCUUUUUAAUUAUGUCGCAUUUAUAAUCUUUUGUAGUGAAUAAUAAACAUAUUGCAUUCUGUUGUAUUGUAUCUCUUAGCUGCAGAAACUAGAAGCGCUCAAUUACCCUGUAUCCUCAAUCAAGGCUUGCAGUAAACGAAGGGUGCAUAUUGUUUAUAUUUGAUAUUACUACUAUAGCUUUGUACAUUGUUUCUGAUAAGCGAUGGGAACUGUGUCUAUCUAAUAAUAAAAUGAUUUGUAUUAUAA